CCGUGUCUCAUCGCCGCUCCGAACACACCGAGGUAGCGGGGAGCCCGAAACGGGACGGCCGCUGAUUCGUUUCCUCCUCCUCCUCCUCCUCCUCCUCCCCGACACUUGAUCCGCGAUACCGCGCUCGAGACGCGUCGACCCUUGCCACGAUGGCUUCCACCUUGUCCAGCAGCCAAGUAAACGGCCCGGAUGGGCCUGCGAAAGGCGUCAACGGGCUCGCCGCCCGCGCUCCCAAGAGCAAGCGCUUUUCGGAUAUCCCGCAGACCAUCGACAUUCCCAUGCAAGACGAUGUCGAAGUCGAGAUCGACCUCCAAGUGCUGCCCGACGACCCGACUGAGCUCUGCUCCGUCUUCGAGAACGAGCAGUCUCCCAGGAUAUACUGGAUGACGGUGGCCCUGGCAUACGCAAAGCAGAAUAAGAUUGACUUUGCUAUUGAGAUGCUCCUUCGCGGGGCCAAUGUUCUGCAGGGCAACCAGCGCGAGAAGCUCGGGAUCAUCACCUGCAUCUGCUGGCUGUACCUGUGGAAGAGCAGGGAGGCCCCGCGGGUAGCCCCCGACGGCGUUCCGGCUUCCGAGGCAAAGACGAAGGAGUACUACCUCCAGCUGGCCACCCAGAGCCUGAACGACGCGUCGCGCAUCAACCCAGCUUUUCCGCCGCUGUUCUUGGCCCGCGGCGUCCUGAUCCUCCUGAAGGCGUCUCUCCAGCCGUCGUCCAAGGCCCCAGGGGCAGUCGAUUCGAACAAGGCAGAGCAGCUGCGCAACGCUCUGAAGUCGUUUGAAGAAGCCAUCCGCGUCUCUCAGGGGAGGAAUAUGCUGGCUGUCAUGGGCAAGGCGCGCGCGCUCUUCUCCCUCGGCAGAUACCCGGAAUCGCUGGCGGCCUACCAAGACGUUGUCGCCAAGAUGCCAGACAUGGUCGACCCAGACCCGCGCAUCGGCAUUGGUUGCUGCUUUUGGCAGCUGGGCUUCAAGGACGACGCCAAGAUCGCCUGGGAACGCUGCCUCGAGAUCAACCCGGACUCCAAGCACGCUAACAUCCUACUCGGUCUCUACUAUCUCGACGCCAGUGGCCAUGUCCCCACCAACAGCCCCGAGUUCAUCCGGCUGUACAAGAAGGCCAUGACCGAAUACACACAAAAGUCCUUCAAGCUCGACAAGAACCUGCCCCUCACCUGCGCCACCUUUGCUGGCUACUUCCUGUCUCGGAAGCAGUUUGGAAACGUCGACGCCCUCGCGCACAAGGCCAUUCAAUACACGGACGUCAACGCCAUCGCCAGUGAUGGCUGGUAUCUCCUUGCCCGAAAGGAGCACUACGAUGGGAAUCUAGAGCGCGCCAGCGACUAUUACCGCCGUGCUGACGAUGCCAGGGGUGGCGCUGAGCGCGGGUAUCUGCCGGCCAAGUUUGGCGCGGCACAGCUUUCGGUGCUCAAGAAUGACCUCGGGGAGGCCAAGCUUCGACUGGAGAAGAUGAUCCAGCACUCCAAGAACUACGAAGCCAUGAUCCUGCUCGGUACUCUGUAUGCGGAGGAGGUGUUCGCCAACCAGUCCGCCGCGGUCAAGGAAGACAAGAGCGCAGAGGCGAAAAAGGCCAUCAGCCUCCUCGAAGGCGUCCGCUCCGCUUGGAAGGACCCCAAGAGGAAUCUCUCCCCAGACGCGGCCGUCCUGCUCAACCUCGCGCGGCUGUACGAGAGCGAGAGCCCGGACAAGGCGCUUCAGUGCCUCCAACAAGUCGAGCAGCUGGAGAUCGACCAGAUUCCCCAGUCGGAGUACCCCCCGGACGCAGAGGACGAGGCGGCAGCCCGCGCCGCUAUACGCAAGCUCCUGCCACCGCAGCUUCUCAACAACAUUGGCUGUUUCUACUCCCAGGAGGGCAAGCACCGUCUUGCUACCGAGUUCUUCCAGGCUGCUCUUGACUCGUGCGCCCGCAUCAGCCAGACGGAGAACGACUUGGACAUCGAUGCCCUCCUGACGACCAUUCCGUUCAAUCUCGGCCGGAGCUACGAGUACGAAGGGGAUAUUGACAAGGCGAUUGAGACGUACGAGCAACUCCUGAGCCGUCACAGCGACUACACGGAUGCGCGGACGAGGUUGGCCUACAUCAAACUGCGCAGGAACCCCAACAAGGAGGGUCCGGAUGCCGUCGCGAAGCUGUACCAGGAGAAUCCGUCUGACCUGGAAGUCCGCGGCCUGUACGGCUGGUUCCUGAGCAAGGUGAACUCCAAGAAGCGGCCGGCGAACAUUGCCGAGGAUCCCGAGCAGCGACACUACAAGCACACCCUGCAGAGCUACGACAAGCACGAUCGCUACGCCCUUGUCGGCAUGGGUAACCUUCACCUCAUGGCCGCCCGCGAGAUGCGCCGGGAGACAGAGCAGGACCGGCAAAAGCGGAGCGCUGCGUACAAUCGCGCGGUCGAGUUCUUCGACAAGGCGCUGCAGCUCGACCCGAAGAACGCGUACGCGGCCCAGGGCAUCGCGAUCGCCCUAGUGGAGGACAGGAAGGACUACAAGAACGCCCUUCAGAUCUUCAUCAAAGUCCGCGAGACCAUCCAGGACGCGCACGUAUACGUCAACAUGGGCCAUAUCUACGCCGAGCUGCGGCAGUUUAGCAAGGCCAUCGAGAGCUACGAGAUUGCGCUCUCCAAGGAGGGCAAGGCCAACGAUGCCGGCAUCAUCUCGUGCCUUGGGCGGACCUGGCUCAACAAGGGCAGAGCGGAGCGCAACCUCGACGCCUACAAGAUGGCGCUCGACCAGGCCAAGAAGGCCGUCGCCGUCGCUCCGGACCAGCUCCACUUCAAGUUCAACGUCGCCUUCGUCCAGAUCCAGAUCGCCCUCGUGCUGCACUCGAUGCGCGAGAGCGAGCGGAACUCGUUUCAGCUCGAGGAAGCCGCCGAAGGCCUCGAGGAAGCAAUCAAGAUCCUCGACGAGAUCGCGGCGUCCCCGUCGCCGCCCUAUCCCAGGCACGACAUCGAGCAGCGCGCCAACAUGGCCCGCAACACGCAGCGCAAGCAGCUCGAGCGCGCCCUGGCCAGCCAGCGCGAGUACGAGGCCAAGAACAAGGAGAAGCUGGCGGCCGCGCUGGAGCAGCGCCAGGCCGAGCUCCGCCGCCGCGAAGAGGAGCGCCGCAAGGCCGAGGAGGCGGAGCGCGAGCGCCAGGAGAAGAUCCGCCGGGAGCGCGAGGAGAUCGCGGCGCGCGACCGCGCCCUGGCCGAGCAGCGGGCCGAGGAGGAGCGCGCGCGCCUCGAGGCCGAGAUGACGACCGACAGCGAGACGGGCGAGAAGGUGAAGCGCAAGAAGAGGACGGCCGGCGGCGGCGGCGGCGGCGGCAGCAGCAGGAGGGAGCGGGAUUCGCGCUCGCGCGAGCCCCGCUCCUCGACCAAGGGCAGGCGCGGCAGGAGGAAGAAGUCGGCCGGCGAGACGGACGGGGAGGAGUCGGAGGGCGGCGGCGGCGGCGGCGGCGGCGGCGAGAAGGGCAGCCGCCGGCCGCCCAAGAAGAGGCAGCGGCUGUCGAGCAAGAAGGACAACUCCAAGUACAAGUCCGCCGAGAUCGUCGUGGACAGCGACGAGGAUGACGAAGUGGACUACAGGGGCGGCGAGGACGAGGAGGACCCGCUCGAGAGGGCGGAGCGGGCGAUCGAGAGGUCCGCCAGGCGCAGCCGCAGCCGCAGCCGCAGCCGAUCCCCCCGCUCCGGCUCGGGUGACUUGGAAGGGGACGAUGGGGAGGAGAGCGAGGGUGAGCGGCGGCAGAGGCAGCGUCGUCGGAGGCUAUCCGGCGCUGGCGACGAUGAGGAGGAGGAAAAGGAUGAUGCGGACCGUAUGGACGUGGAUGAGGAUGAGGGGCGCGGGGACAGGAAUGAGGCGCCUGUUGCUGGUGGUGGUGGUGGUGGUGAUGACGAGGACGACGAGGAUGAAGAAGAGACGGUCACGAGGCGGCCGCAGGCCAAGAGGUCGCGGCGCGGGCGGAUUCUCGACGAGAGCGAUGAGGAGGAGCAGGAGGAGGCAGAGGAGGGUGGUGGUGGCGGUGCGGCGGCGGGCGAUGCGCCUACGCCUGGCGCGGCCAGUGGCGAAGAGGGUGCAAAGGCUGAUACCAGCAUGGUGGACGCGGAUGAUGACGAGUGAGCGGAACGGGGUAAGACAGACGUUAAGUCGGGGCGAGACUGGACCGUGUAUUAUCAUUUGACCCGGGGUGUUACAACAGGUCAGGAUUUGGCAACUCUUGAAAAUUGAGAUAUGAUUGAUGCCUUGUGACUGGGCGCGGAUUAUUUUUUCCCAGCUUUAAAAUGGCAU